AUGCAUCAGCCAUCACACGAACAAUAUCCUCGACAAAUUCUCAAAUCAAAUAUUCUACCACAACCGAGACAAGGCUUCGAUAUGCAUCAUCAGAACAUACUCCUGGCGAUUGUCGUCCUUCUCAUCGCCAUCAGCGCGGCGAUCCCGGUCACCGGCAGUCUCGUCAUAUCCAUCAGCUCGGUCGAGAUCGUGGAGCGCAAGCCUCAUUUGCAGUCACCCCUACCCAAUCAAUCGUCUUGUGUAGCUCAUGACUACAGUCUAUCGUCAGCGACCUACACGGUACAAGUGGGCAUCGAUUACGCCGACCUUCACGGCUGUGCGAGCAUCUGGGAGACUCUGAAGAGUGUCGUCGGUCACGGCGAGUCCGGUGGUAUCCAUGACGAAAAUUACAAAUGCUGGAAAGGGGACUGGAAAGAUCAGCUUCGAUUGUAA